AUGAGCCUGUUAGUCAUUGGAAAUGUUGGUGGUGUCACCGAGGAAGACCACCCUUUGGUGACGACUCUUUCGCCUGCGGAAGAGUACAAAAAUCAUCCGUACUGUUUCCGCUUCACGUGGCUAGGUCCCAAGUUUAACAAGGACAGUUCAUACAAGAACCUCACGUGUGAGAAUCAGCUUAAGAAGGCAAACGGAAUUCCGUGUUUUCAUCCCUUGGUGGUCACGAAUAAUAGUAACGUCCCGGAUACGGAGUACAUGUGGAACGAAUAUAAGGAUAAACCGUUACAAAUUGCAUGUCGGUUGGUACGGGGAGAAGUCUGUGCUCGUUUCACCUAUCGAUAUAACGGUGCAAUCGAGAACAUCACGUACAUGUGCGCCAAAAUGAACGUGGACAACGAAUCGUCGACGACUUCGGCCUGUUACACCGAGGAUCGCAGCGGCCGGGAGAUCGAGGUGUGCGUUUGUGAAUCGGGAGCCGGCCGAACACCGUGCAAUCGGAGUAGCACAAUCCUGCUGGCCCAACUUGGACAUCCACUGGUACUGGCAGGCAUUGCUCUGGUGCAGUUGCUGGUGCUGCGGGUCUGUUUGGUAAGAUAG